UGAAGCUGCCGUCUUCACUCUCAAAGUCAUCAGUUUCAGGAAGCCUUUGAAACUCCGGGGACACCCCAUAAACACUCCGGCUCUGCUCUAUCCACUUCAACCCCCUACUUCCUACUCCUUCGCCUCCUGUUCCGUCUCAUAGAACAGAGAAGAAACAUUAAGCUAAACUGUUUUCUAUAUAUGAGCUUCUAGGACCUAUGGGGUUCGCUUCCACCCUCUCUCUAUACUCUCAUCCACAGGGACCCUUGCAUAUCCAGAGGCGGCAAUGCUUGGGAAUUUGUGGGCAAUUUGUGCGUCUUCCAAGUCUUCAUUCAGGAAGAAAGCGUUGCGGUUUCAGAAUUUUGGUGGUUAGGGCUGCUUCUGGCGUACAUGGUGCUCAGAGUCGGUCUGCUGGCGCUCGGAGAGUUUACCGGCAGUCUCAGGCUGAAGGACCUUUGUCCAGUGGCCCCGUGAAGCAGAUUGCCUCUGUUGUUGUGCCCGCUGGAGUUUUCGUUGCCGUCACUUUCGUUGUAUGGAAAUUAGUAGAAAAGCUUCUUGUUCCGAAGCAAUCAAAGCCUUUAUCUGUUGAAAAACAAUCUUCAUCACAAGGAAUGAAAUGGUCUAUUGCACCUGGGACAAAUUUGUUGUCUAAACUUGGGGCAAAGAUUGAGAUAGAAUCCAAGCAGAAGCUCAAUGAGUUUGCUCGAGAACUUAAGUCAUUUCCAAGCAUUGAUAUGUCAGGACGCAACUUUGGGGAUGAAGGAUUAUUCUUUCUUGCUGAGAGUUUGGCAUUUAAUCAGGUUGUGGAGGAGGUUAGUUUUGCUGCAAAUGGCAUAACUGCGGCUGGAUUGAAGGCUUUUGAUGGUGUUCUUCAAUCGAAUUUCACAUUGAAGACUCUUGAUCUUUCUGGAAAUCCUGUUGGAGAUGAGGGAGCUAAGUGCUUGUGUGACAUAUUGGCGGACAACUCCAGUAUUGAAAAGCUUCUGCUGAACAGUACUGACUUAGGUGAUGAGGGUGCAAGAGCUCUUGGAGAAAUGUUGAAAAAUUCAACUUUACGGGUUCUUGAACUUAACAACAAUAUGAUUGAAUAUUCUGGAUUCACAAGUAUAGCUGGAGCACUUCUUGAGAAUAACAGCAUAAGGAACAUACAUCUCAAUGGGAAUUAUGGUGGUGCGUUGGGGGCUAAUGCAUUGGCUAAGGCACUUGAGAGCAACAAGUCUUUGAGGGAACUUCAUUUGCAUGGAAAUUCUAUUGGGGAUGAAGGAAUCCGUGCCUUGAUGUCAGGGUUGUCUUCACAUAAAGGGAAACUUAUGGUUCUAGACAUUGGCAACAACUCAUUAAGUGCUAAAGGCGCAUUCCAUGUUGGUGAAUAUAUUAGAAAGAGCAAGAGCCUUUUAUGGUUGAAUCUUUACAUGAAUGACAUUGGUGAUGAGGGCGCUGAAAAAAUUGCGGAUGCUCUAAAGGAAAAUCGGUCCAUAACAACAUUAGACCUGGGAGGAAAUAACAUUCAUGCUGCAGGAGUCAAUGCUGUUGCUCAAGUUUUGAAAGAUAAUUCUGUCAUUACCACUUUAGAACUCAGUUAUAAUCCCAUUGGCCCAGAUGGAGCCCAGGCCUUGGCUGAAGUCCUAAAAUUUCAUGGGAGCAUAAAAACCCUUAAGCUUGGUUGGUGCCAGAUAGGAGCAAAGGGGGCGGAGUUUGUUGCGGAUGCGUUGAAAUAUAAUACUACAAUAUCAGUUCUGGACUUGCGGGCAAAUGGACUGAGAGAUGAGGGUGCUGCCUGUUUGGCUCGCAGCUUGAAAGUGGUUAAUGAAGCUUUGACCUCAAUAGAUUUAGGAUUCAACGAAAUUAGGGAUGAUGGAGCUUUUGCAAUUGCCCAGGCACUGAAGGCUAAUGAUGAUAUAGCCAUCACAUCCCUAAACAUUGCUAGUAACUUCCUGACAAAUUUGGGCAGAGUGCGCUAGCUGAUGCAAGAGACCAUGUUUAUGAGAUGACUGAAAAGGAAAUCAACAUUUUUCUAUAGCAUUUAUAGUUUUCAAUUUAUAUAGAUAUUUUGUGUUUCAGUUUAAGAAAGUGUUGUUGGUAUACAAGUGCAAGAAUUUUGUUUGGGGGCUUCUAGCAAGGACUCUUGUCCAUCAAUUUUGAGUUCUGACCAUUGAUUGAGGGGAAAAUAUUUGAAUUAGUGUUUCGAGAGAGUACUUUUUGAAGAUUAGAUUUUGGGUAGAAUUUAAAGCUUGGAAGCUAGAACUAUAUAUUUUGCAUAUCUCAUUGAAGAUGUUGAUAGUUGACCCAAAGAAUCUUGCUAUAAAGUACUUAUUUUCUUCUUGAA